AUUUCAGUAUUUCUCAGCUGACAAAAAAAAAAUAAUUCAGUAUUUCUCAUAAAAUAUUAAAGAAAAAAAAAACCUGGAAAAGAGUGAAUGGACGAUUCGACUUCGUUUUGAUAUUCUCAAACUUCUCGAAGAACCGGCGAUGGACGCCGACGGAGAAACCAUGGCGACGACGAGGACAAGAGAGGAAAUUGACAAAGACGCAGAGGAGAAUCGGAAAGAAGCGUUAUUAGCGUCAACAGAAUCCCUUCAACCUAAUUUCAAUCGAUCCAGCGUCACUGAGAAACAGAUUUCGAAAUUACAGGAGCUACACAAGAGACGUAUGCAGAUAAAAGCGAGUUCAAAGAUCCAUAAGAAAUCCAAAGGAAGCAAGAAUUCUCAGAGCAGAGCAAUUAAAGAUGGCGAAAGCUCUAAGAAAUUGAAGGAAUCAACUUCUUCUACUACUACCUUAGAACGGCAUCAUCAUAAGACAGUACCAAUGAUUCCACAAAAGCUGUAUUGGGGGCUAGAUACUAAAGAAAGGUGGGAAAGGAAAGCCAACAUGUAGUGAUGAAUCGAUUUCUCGUUACUGAUAACUUAGUCCAUUGUACAAGUUAUUCAAAAGAGCAAGAAGAGUAGAGAGAGAGAAAGACUGAAAGACUAACAAGAUCAGUGAUGAUGAAACAAAGUGGGUUUUGUUUUUCUGAUU